GCGGUUCGCUCUGUCCACUUCCGGGGGGAAAGGGCUGUGGGACCUCGGGCUGAGAAGUCCAGUCGGGAGUCGCUCCCGGGGUUCGGGCUGGGAAAGCAGGGGGCGUGGGGCCCGCUCUCCGGGGCCAUGGACGAGGACGGGCUGCCUCUGAUGGGGUCGGGCAUAGACCUGACCAAGGUGCCAGCAAUCCAACAGAAAAGGACUGUUGCGUUUCUAAACCAGUUUGUGGUACAUACAGUACAGUUUCUCAACCGAUUUUCUACAGUUUGUGAAGAGAAGCUGUCAGCUCUUUCUCUUCGGAUCCAACAAAUCGAAACAACUCUCAAUAUUUUGGAUGCAAAGCUGUCAUCUAUUCCGGGUUUAGAAGAUGUCAAAUUUGAAAUAACGACUGCAAGUGUUAAUGGUGUUACAAAUUGUCCUGAAGCCCCCGCAGGUCAACAAUCAUCUCUGUCUCCUCAAUCCGAGCAGAACAGUAUACAAGACACUGGACCACAGAAAUGUGAAGCGGCAGCAGAACAAAUCUUAACUGUAGCCAAGGAUCCAAGAUAUGCCAGAUAUCUCAAAAUGGUUCAAGUGGGUGUUCCUGUGAUGGCGAUAAAAAACAAGAUGAUAUCUGAAGGACUGGAUCCAGAUCUUCUUGAGAGGCCAGACGCCCCAGUGCCUGAUGGGGGAGGUGAAGCACAUGCCAAAGAAAGUUCAGAUAGUGAAUCUUCUUUUAGUGACUGAACUUCAUGUUGACCUUAGAGAAUUUAUAUAUCUAUAUAAUAUAUACAUGCAUAGAAAGAGGAACUUUUUUUACAGCUUUUAUGCUUUAGGCCUAAGGUGAUAUCCAUAUCAAGUGUAUUAGAGGGUGACAACUUUCAGAGGUCACCUCUCUCACAAAAUAUUUACUAAACUUGAGAUUUUUCAGCUUUUCAUCAUCAUGGCUUCUAAUCACAAGUUGGAAAAAUAUUAUCUAGGAAUCAUCUUCCUUUGGGAAAAUUUUCUAUAAUGACUAACUUGAAUUUUGUCUGACCCAUAAAGGAAUUAUUAACUAAACACCUAAUCAACCAAAAAUUAUUUAUGCUUUAAAGAUGCAAAGGAUUUUUUAUUAUCACGGGAGAGAAGUGACUUGACAGUGUGCCUCUUAUCACCACAUGGAAGUGUGGGAAUAAGUCACAAUCGAACGGCCUAGUUAAAAUAAAGCAUAAUGCUAUUACAAGCACUAAGCUGCGAUAGUGGAGUAAGGCAAUCUAAGUGGAAAGAGAAAAACCAUUUGCUUUGAGUUUAAUAACAGGUAACGUGCUUCCUGAUUAGCUUGACCCAAACACUGAACUUGACUGGAUGGCUGAGGCUAUUGGUACUAAUCAUUUUAGCAUGAAAAUGUUCAUGCGAACUCAGCUUCCAUAAGAUUUACUAAAGAAUUUUCUGUCCAAAAGACAACACAGUUCUAAACCACUGAGUUACCUGUGGAGACUUCAGGGUGUGGUUGUGAAGAUGGUUCUCUUCCUGUUUGCUGGAGUAUAACCCCUUUCAGCCCAGGUCAGAGGUAAUGGUCAGCACUGGCUGCAUGUGGUGCCCUCCUGAAAGAGUCACCCCUUAUGACUCUGAAAGACCAUGUAGGAACCUCCUGUCUGUGGAGACAAUCCUCAAUAAAUAAUGGUGCACAACGGGGAGUAGUGUAAGAAGUCUAAAACAUUGGUUACAUAGAGAAAGUGGGAAACUUACUGGAUGGUGCUAUUUCCCAGUUAUUGAGUUGACCCACAUUUACUAUUUUACUCUAAAAGUAUAGAAUUGUUCUCUUUCUCCUUCAGUCUGGAGCUAGAUUUGAUGCUAAGCCAUACUUAAGACAUCUAGAAUUUUUCUAUUUAAAAACUUAUUUUUAAAAAUUUUCAAAAAUGAGCCAAGGAUUAACAAUAAACAAGUCUAUAUCUUUAUAGUCUGUUGUAAUUCUGAUAUAAAUUGUAAAUGUUUCCCUUGACACACACCCCACUGAGUUUCCUUAUAUGUGUAAACAGAACGUGGCUUCUGUUAAAGGAUGAAUGGUGUCCAUGUACUCUCAUGAAGCAUCACCCGGGCAACACUGUUUAGGAAAACGGCUUCAUUUCUAAAUGGGGUGCUCAAAAUAACAAGCUCCAUCUCCUGAGUUCACAAAGAGUGGAAAUCCCCACAUUUUAGCCUUGUAAUACCGCAGUUCUUACAGGACUGCCAGUGUGGCAGUCAUUUAAAA